AUAAAGCAAAUUUCUUUUUACUUCAUUAUUUUCCGAAACUUUCUUUUCAUUUUACAGUGGCCGACUAUAAUCACGUUAACAAUAUUCGCCAUUCUUCUUCUCGUAAUAAUUGAUGAAAGUGUGGCUAUACUCGAACCUCAAGCACCGAAUUUUCAAUAUUUUGAACGGCCAAAGUAUCGUUAUCCUUAUUACGAUGAAAAUGGUAAAGGAAAGCUGCUGUAUGGCUACGGUGGACCGGAAUUGUAUCAAUAUAAAACUUAUAGUGUUCUUGAAGGAAUUCAUUAAACAAUUUGUUUAAAUUCUUAGAAAAUUGAAUAUAAAAUAUCUGUAUACAUAUAACGUAACAUAUACGAACAUGUGUAUUAAUUCAUUAAUAUACUCAUGAAAUAUUAAUUCGAAUAUCUUUAUAUAAUGCAACACGCGAGUAUCUUUUCGAUGGCAUAAUAGAGAAUUGGAUGUUACUUGAAUAUAAAUUAGCUAUUAUGCUAUUUAGGGAAACAGCACAU